AUCCUUGCGCAUCGCUGAUCUAGCUGAAAACCCGCAUCCUAAGUAGAGUGUAUCCAUAGACUUCUAGGCAACAAAAAAAAUCAAGAGACAGUAUUUUAAAUUGCUUUAUCAAAUAUGUUUGAAAAAAUCACGUUAACUGUAAUAUGAUUUUUUUUUCAGAUGAGGUGGUUUAGAAAACACGAUGAGUCACCUAGGUUGCUCAGCUUGUCACCUUUAAGAUUAUCUGAAAACAGGCAUGACCACGUCAGUCCUGCUAGAUCUAGUACUCAAGAUGACGUGCGCUCAGAAAUAGACGUUUUGAAUACUCCUAGACAAAACGUUAGACAUACAUCACGAAUAGAUAUGACGCCUGCGUAUUGGGCCAGGAGACAGUUGAACAAAAACGACACCAACUUGUAUAACGUUAGAGAUAGUGUAGUAAUAAUAGAAAAAUCGGAUAAAAAACGACACAAAUCUCAACCAAGGACUCUAACAAACUCCCAGAGGGAAAAGAAAAAUCCACUUUUGGAUAGAGUAAAGCAUACUCGACUAUCCUGUUUUAGAUCUAACUCGAAUGUUUCAAUGUCUGGAGCACCUUCAUGUAGUAGUGCUGAUGUAGAAAAUACUGCCGCUAGUAGUGAAGAAUUAGAAGUCAAAGAUCUGGAUGAUGUGGAUUCAAUAACACCACAGUCAGAUUCAAAUAGAUCAAGCUGUUUUGCAGCCAAACUUCGCGCUAUGUCCGAAAAAUAUCUUAACUCUUCGACCAAUAGGUUCCUCACGAAGAUAUAUAGGAAUCCUGAUGAUACACUAGGAUGUAAAAAUUCUAGGAAAAAACCUGUGAAGAAACGCAGUUUUUCCUAUGGAGCUUUACCAGAUCUAGAAAUAUUCCAAAGCACUACUUUGGUCUGUCAAGAUGACGUUGAGAAUAUCAACGACGAGCAACUGCCACUGGUUGAUAAUGAAGAUUCAGAUUCUGGCAUAUUAGUGAAUGAUUCGUUUUCGUCAGGAUUUGAUUCACCAUUAGACUUGCCUAACCUCUCUCCAAACAUUGAAAGAGCUGCAUCAGUGCGAAACUCAAAAGUGAAACCCAGAGCUAUAUCGUUAGAUCGCCAGCAAGCUAAAGCAGUGGAAGUAGCAAAUGUCGGCGAUCUGAUACCUAGUCACAAUAAAAAUGUCAUGUUGGUGAAGUUUCUCAAGAAGCAUCCUACAGACGAACUAGGAAUUUUGAUUACCAAGAGCAAGCAAGUGUCACAUGGAUACGUUGUGGCACAUCUAACACAUGGAGGUAUAUCUGCCAAUGAUGGCCAGUUGCUAAUAGGUGACGAAAUAGUGAGCAUAAACGGCAUCCCUUUAUCAGCCUUGAACAUAUCAGAAGCAAAGCAAUGUCUUUCCACGGCUGCUCUAUCAGUAGAACUAGUCAUAAUCCGAUCAAUAAUGAAGGAAACUUCUGUGGACAUAGACCGCUCCAAUAGAUAUUCUAUGGAAUGUAGUUCCAUCUCAAGUGGACCUCUAUAUAGAAAACAACCGUACUUCCAAAAGAAUACUUCUAUACAUGGUAGUUACAACAAAGUGCUCAGGAAAGCUGGAAAAACGAACGAAUCCAUUCCAAAACCUAAAGAGAUAGAAGAAAAAAGCGAUACAACCUCUGCGACUAACUUUUGUACUCUACCGAGAAGACCAAGGUCCAGUGUUUGUUCUUUCCACACAGUCACUCUCGAAAAAGGAAUUGGGAAGAAGUCCCUAGGAUUCACUAUCGUUGGGGGAAGAGACUCUCCAAAAGGAGCACUUGGAAUAUUCAUCAAAACCAUCAUGGUCAACGGGCAAGCUGCAGAAGAUGGUCGACUCAAAGCUGGUGACGAAAUUCUAACUGUAAACGGCCGGGUCUGUCACGACAUUUCUCACGCCGAUGCGGUGCAUUUGUUCAAGAGUGUCAAAAGUGGACCUAUAACUUUGCAUAUAUGCAGGAGAAAAAAGACCACCAAUAUGUAAGUGCCAAUUAAUAUUUUCUGAAACUCAUUUUGUGAUUAUUAUUUCCUACCUCACUGGCGAGAAAGUAUUAUAACCGCGAAAAAUUUCGAAAAUGAGAUAUUACGUUUUUUGGAUCUUUAUAUGACAUUGUACAUCACGAAAACCCAUCAGUCGGCCUGUCAGUCUGUCUCUCGAUUUGUCCGCUAAUCCUUGGCCACUCUUUAACUUGGAAGGUACUGAUCGGAUUUGGAUGAAAUCGGUCCAGUGGCGUCUGCGGAAAAGGCCAAAAAUGAAAAAUAAAAUAUCGCUCAAACUUCGUUUUUUGUCGUUUCAGAGGAUCCUAAUAAUUUUUUGAAAAAUAUUUUAGGAGCUUAAGAAAUAUUGCAUAUUUGGUAUCAGAGAAAGAAGUUUCAUUAUUCAGAAAUUUGUAUAAUCCAUCUGAUUAUUUCAAAAAAAUAUACAGGGUGUUAAUAAAGUAUAUAUCAUGAAUUCAACAGACGAUUCUUUGAGUAAUUUUAAGACAAAAAGUUCAUAUAAACAUAGGUCUGUAGAUUCUUCGUUCUCAAGACACAUGGUGUUAAAUUUUAACAAACAAAAAAGUUAUCCUUUACCUAAUUUUGUGGCGGUGAUAUUUAUAACAUUAACCCAUUAAUGCCCACGGGGUCGAUAAUGACCCACGAGAUAUUUUAAUACCCUACUCUCAGCACAACAUGACAACAACGCGUAAAUAUUCGUCAAACACAACCACAUGCCUGGAUGAAGCCACGUGCUUAUGGUCGACGGCAUUGUGCAUAUUUCCGGCAUCUAAACAGCAGCCCGAAUUCCAUAGAUUGAGUGUAGUAAAACAUGGCUUCCAAUUAUGAAUGAACUUUCUGCUCAAGCUGAAUAUUACUUCAUGGACAAUGAAAGGAGAUCACAAAAUGAAACAGUGAUUGAGGGGGUUGCUGGUAUUGAGUGGGAUGAAGAAGAGAAUUUGCCGCUCGCAUAUUUUGCAAGUCACUCUGAAUAUGAAAAAUGUAAGUGGAUGAAAGGCGACCUAUAGAGUGAUAAUACGGAAACAUUUUCACAUUUUCCACCUCCACUUACACUGACAUCGGAGAGUUCGCCCCUCCAAUUUUUUCAACUAUUUUUGUCACCCUAUAUUCUAACAGAUCUUGUAAAACACACCGUUGCAUAUGCUUCUAAAAAGAACAAGCUGAACUUUGAACUUUGUUUGGACGAAAUGUAUGUUUUUGUUGGAAUUUUAGUUUUGUCUGGAUACGUUCCUCUACCGAGAAGACGGAUGUAUUGGGAAGAAAGUGAGGAUGUUCAUAAUGAACUAGUCGCCAAAUCAAUGCGUCGAAAUCGAUUUGAAGAGAUUUCUAGCGUUUUCCAUGCUGCUGAUAAAGACAAUCUCCCAG